UACAGUGGGAGUGGGUCCGAACUCCGUGGCCCUUCCCUAAGUCCUACUGGCCUUUGGCGUCUCCGUGCCCCAUCCCGUGGAGAAAGCAUGGAGCCCGGGACCGUGUCCACAGACGGCGGGGACAGGCCAGCGGGCCCCUCGGGGAUGUCCGCUUCUCAGCGUCGAGCGGAGCUUCGGAGGAGAAAGCUGCUCAUGAACUCUGAGCAGCGCAUCAACCGCAUCAUGGGCUUUCACAGGCCCGGGAGCGGCGCGGAAGAAGAAAAUCAAACAAAAUCAAAGUCCCAGGACAGUGACAAAGUGAACUCCCUCAGUGUUCCUUCAGUUUCAAAGAGGGUAGUGCUUGGCGAUUCAGUCAGUGGCGGAACGACUGACCAGCCCAGUGGUGUGGCAGAUGUUAAGGGUACCCAUCUGGGAGACAAACUGGACUCAUUCAUUCAACCACCAGAGUGCAGUAGUAACGAUGGCGUGGAGCUCCGCCAGCGGAGCAGAGGUGACCCCACGGCAGGCACAGCCCAGAGGGCUUCUCACCACGGCCUCGAACAGUACCUUUCCAGGUUUGAGGAAGCCAUGAAACUGCGCAAACAGCUCAUCAGUGAGAAGCCCAGCCAGGAGGACGGAAGCGCUGCAGAGGAAUUUGACUCUUUUCGAAUAUUCAGAUUGGUGGGGUGUGCUCUUCUUGCUCUUGGUGUCAGAGCUUUCGUUUGCAAAUAUUUGUCUAUAUUCGCUCCAUUUCUUACUUUGCAACUUGCGUACAUGGGACUAUACAAAUAUUUUCCCAAGGGUGAGAAGAAGGCCAAGACCACUGUGCUGACAGCUGCACUCCUGCUGUCUGGCGUUCCUGCUGAGGUGAUUAGUCGCUCCAUGGAGACCUAUAGCAAGAUGGCCGAGGUUUUCACGGAUCUCUGUGUCUACUUUUUCACUUUCAUUUUUUGUCAUGAACUGCUUGAUUAUUGGGGUUCUGAAGUACCCUGAAACUUAAAGAACUCAGAAGUUUACAAGUGAAAACAAUUUCCCUUCUACAUUGCACUCACUGUCUCUAAUGGGGACAAAUUGGUUUAUACCUUUAUGAAAUUCUUUUUCUUUACUGAAGACCAGUUGAUUAGUUUCCCUGGUUUAAAAGGGUUGAGUUUGUAUCAGCAAAGGUAUGAGUAACUAAAUAGGUUAACAAUGUUAAUGGUUUUUCAUGUUUAAUUAGAAACCCAGUCUUCUCUCUUUCCCCUGACUUCUGAGGUUUGUAGUCCCUCUGUGGGACCCGGCUAGUACUUAUAGGGGAGUAGAUGAGCGUGGUGUCAGCGUGCCUAGAGGACUGUGACGUGUAUCUGUGUUAUCCUAUCCCGAGAAAUGAAAGCAUCCUAAAAAUAAAGCAAAUGGAACUGAA